AACGUUGUAGCCUUGUCCAGUUGAUGGAUUACCGCUACAUUAUUUUGUAGUAAAUAUUUCCACUUUACUCUCAGCGUCACUACACACGUAGUACGCAAAUUAACAGACAAUGGCAAACUGAUCAUUGAUUGGACCGAUGGGAACGUAGCCAACUUUUUAAGACUUUUCAUUGGUGAAAAUGUCUAUCAAUCAACGUAUUUUGUCAUCGCUUCCUUUCAGUUUUUUAGCUAGCUGGCUAGCUCCAUUUUUCUACUGUGUGAGAGGAUCCUGAUAACCGGGGGUGCUGUUGGCUGGGGCGGAUCUGAUGGAAGCGCUUCUGCUGUUGCUUCAUGGACAAAUUUGAUUAGGCGAUUUUAUGAUUGUCCUUAUUUACGGCACAAUGAUUAGGAAAAGACUAAAAUAGCGUUAUGUCGGUAGUUUUGGGGGGAGAGAAAAUAUCGCUAACAGUGGUCUGAUGGGCUUGCUAGUGUAGUGGAUGACACAGUAAACCAAAGCGGCUUUCUUUGAUAUUUUGCUUGCUGGCUCGUUUAUUUGGCGAGAUAUAUAUAUUUUCUUGUUUGGAAACUUAGCGGAAAGCCAUGUCCGGCACUAAAAUGAAGAGAAUGAACAGCUUCCAAAGGUUUAUGAACCGUCGGGCCUCUGCAAACUGCCGAUAUCAGCCCACCCGCUAUGAGCACGCUGCAAACUGCUACACUCAUGCGCUCCUCAUUGUACCAGCCUUCGUGGGCAUGGCGUUGCUCCACCGCCUGUCCGACGACGGCUGGGAGAAGAUCACUGCCUUGGUGUACGGCAUGGGCCUGUGUGCGCUCUUCCUGGUCUCCACCGUGUUCCACAUCAUCACCUGGAAGAAGAGCCACAUGAGGUCGAUGGAGCAGUGUUUCCACAUGUGUGACAGGGUGGUCAUCUACUUCUUCAUUGCUGCCUCCUACACACCUUGGUUGAACCUUAGAGAGCUGGGUCCUGUGGCCGCUCACAUGCGCUGGUUCGUGUGGCUCAUGGCCGUGGCAGGGACCGUCUAUGUAUUCUACUACCAUGAGAAGUAUAAGCUAGUGGAGCUGGCCUUCUACCUCACCAUGGGUUUCUUCCCAGCACUGGUCAUCACAUCUAUGGUAAAGUUCUCUGUUUGGUCUCUCUUUCUACCUCUCUCUCUUCCUACCUCUCUCUGUCUACAGCACAGUAGCACACACACAUAUAGAAGCACAUCAUAUACCUAUAUCUGGCAUAGGUGUAUAUAUAUUAGACUAGUUUGUAAACAUAUGCCUGCUGUGCGGUCUGUGCUGCCCCCUGCUGUGCAGUCUGUGCUGCCCCCUGCUGUGCGGUCUGUGCUGACCUCUGGUGGCGGGGAUGUGCUAAUACAGCCUGUAGGUUCUGCUGCAUUAUGCUGUUCUGGAGUGUUCAGUGUACAGAGUCAGGAUAUGGUGUGUACUUCCACAGGGAUUUAAUUGCACAUGUUAACCCAUGGAACCUUUUAUCCCCUCGUUUCUGUCUCCGCUUCUCCCUCUCCUCUCCCAACUUGGUUCUUGGAUUCUAACCUCGAGUCAUCUUGGUUUCUAAGCUCUCGUCCUCCCCUCCACCAUCUUCUCUCCCCCUCCUCUCCAUCCAUCCCCC